UGGUCCUUGAAAAUCCCAGAACGUCGAGUAUCUGGAGAAGGAGGGGGUCGUAGCGUAAGCGACAGUGUGCUGAAUUUAGCACCACGUUCAGCCUGAGAGAGGAAGAAGGAGUGUGUUUUAAUCUCAUUACCGCACUGCCAACAUGUGCACAGAGAUUUAAUGAGAUUAAGCUCAAGCCUAAACUAAGUAGUCACUCUCUCUCUCUUUCUCACUUUGUUUCACACACACACACACACACACACACACACACACACACUAGCUGUAACAGUUUAGCAGAACUACAUGUCUCAGGGAUUGUAUCAAACGCACCAGCACUCUGUGUAAGGCGAUGGCUUCAGUCGCAGUGGAGCUCAUGGGCUUCUUCCUGGGCUACCUGGGGAUGAUUGGAAGCUUGGUGGCCACGUUGCUGCCGUACUGGGAAUACACGGCCCACGUCGGCCCCAAUAUCGUGACGGCUGUGACGAACAUGCAGGGCAUAUGGAUGGCGUGCGUCCACCAGAGCACCGGAACCUUCCAGUGUGAGACCUACAACACCAUCCUUGGCCUUUCCACCCACAUGCAGGUGGCCCGGGCCAUGAUGGUCAUCUCCAUUAUCUUCUCAGCCCUCGCGUGUGCCGUGUCCAGCAUUGGGAUGCAGUGCACAGUGUUCAUGGACGGCUCCUCCAUAAAGACGAAAGUAUCCGGAGCCGGAGGAGGUCUUUUUAUAACAGCCGGUCUUCUCUCUCUCAUUCCUGUUUCCUGGAAGACCAACGAAGUGGUGCAGACCUUCCACCAGUACAACGUACCUGACAGUCUGAAGUCCGAGAUCGGGGACUGCCUGUACGUCGGGAUCGCCUCGUCUCUCAUGUCCAUGCUAGGAGGAGGGCUGCUCUGCAUAUCCUGCUGCGAUGAUCCAGGUUCGCGCCAAGGUUUCAGACGCCACGCCGGGGGCUACCCGUACCAUGAGCGUGUGGGAAAACACACCACGGCUCGUAGCACCUCGUAUCCCGCGCCCUUUCAACCUGCGGCCACUCUGCCGAGCGCGAUCAACAUGAAUCCCACCACCAGGACCCAGACCAUGGUCAGCCACAUCAGCAGCAGUAGCCAGUCCACCGCCGGCGUCAGAGACUCGAGGAAUCCAGCCCGCCAACAAACCACAGCUAGCUACGAUGUUACCGGGUACGUCUGAGGAGUCCGAUGAGCCGUUUCACAUCAUGGACUUGUUGGAUAUCAAACUUGUUUGGUGUUUUGUAAAGAUAUUCAUAUUGUUCUCAUGGCUAAAAGACACAUUUCAGAGAUUUCAUAAGAUUUCGAAUGCUGGUGCCUUGCAAUCGCGAGACACAAACACAAACAGCUAACGUUUCACGGUGAUCAUUUGACACGACUAUGAAGCCACACUCGAUUUUCUAUAGAACCAUAUUUGUGUCGGCUUGUCCACAGUAAAAAAAAAAAAAAAAAAAAAA